AUGCAUCUCCGCUCCGCUCUUUUGCUGCUUGCUGCGGCCGUCGCUACAACUGAAGCCGACGCGGUCCAGUUCGACCAACUCCCUGUGUUUGGUGAAAAAGGUGCCGAGAAUUCUGGUCAGAAGGACCUUAAAACAGGUGAUAGCGUACGCGAAGAGAGACAAUCUCAGGCUGUUAAGGCGUACAAUGCUCUCAAAACGUCGGCAUUUGCUAAAGAUUUGGAAGCGGAAUUCGUCGCGGGGGGAGUAAAUGUGCCGAAUUUCGUUCACGGUUGGGCCGAUGUCAACCCGGCAAUUAAAACGUUUUCUGACCAGGAUAAGGUGCUUAUUUUCGAUUUCUUGAGCAUAUUGGCCCAAAAGGAUGAAGAAGCAGUGCAUCAUUUCAUGGAGGGAUGCGAUGCAAUCACGAUCAUAUCGAUAGCGAAGAGAUUGGACAGCGCCAACAAUCUAGAGUCGCGAGACAUCGCAGACAUACUGCGGUUCCAUUUGAAAAGAUCGUGGAGAACCCAAAAACUUCCAGCUGACUACGUCUUCAACCUUCUCAAGAUAGACAAAAGCAUCUUGAAGGCAAAGGAAAAAACCACCAUGGUCGACAAAGUUGCCUGCCUUUUCGACGACCCAGCUUUUGUAAUGUGGACCGCGUAUGUGCAUCGCAUCUACAAGCACGGUUUAAUCAAAAUGAUGUCUCGCAUACUGGUGCCUGCGCAUUUUGGCAUUGAAGAAUGGGACAAUAUCCUUGCUACUGCAAAAACUAUCGUGGGUCCAAGCACUAGCCGUGAAAUAGGUUGGGAGAUGAAAACCCUCAAGGACCUAACAUCUCACCGUGAAUUAGCUUGGGGUGCAAAACAACCACGAGGGGCCAAGCGCAAAAGUCAACACGAGGAACACAAGGGUGCGGCUCCCAUGAAACGACUGCGUGUCAAGUUUCAAGGUCGAUACGUGGAAAGCGCCGGCCCGGAUGCACUGUAA